AUGAGCGGCGUCACGAGAAGCCUGUGCACCUUUGAGGACAUACGGAAUCAGGAGUAUGCGGAUCGCUGCAGACGGCUUAGGCUGACGCUGCACGACCAAAGUCAGACGCGAGAUCACCAGCGGGAUAAGCCUGUCGGACGUGCUUUUGCUCUGGUGCAGCCUCCCAGUGAACGGCCAUUGGUCACUCCAGAACCAGUCAAGUCCAAAGAGGAGCAGGUGGAGGUCAUCAAGGUUUACCUGGAGGCCCGUCGUCAGGAGCAACAGAAACACGAGCAGAGCCUCAAGAUGUUGUCAGAUGAAGUCUCACAGAUUCAGGAGGUGCGGUACAGCUUGAAGACGCUGAGGGAGCAGAUGGCGGCCAAAAAUAAGACAAACGGAUGGAGGACUGCGUUUAAGAAGAACACCCCUGCACCUAAAGAAGAAGCAAAACAAGAAGCACAGGAAUUGGACAAUGAAGCUGAAAGAGCGAAAUUGAGGGAAGUGAGCAAAAAACUUUAUGCACAACUCCACGAAGCAGAGAAGAAACACCAGGAGGAAAAGGAGAGGCUGCAGGCCGAGAGCACCCAGCUGAAGGAGCGUCUAGGCCACGAGGAGCAGAAGCUGAGGAGCUCGGAGGAGGCCGCUGAGGGGAAGGACAGGCGCAUCGACGAGCUGCAAAGGCUUCUGGGAGGGAUGGAGCAGGAGAGCGCCACCUUGAGGGAAGCCAUCCGCAGCAGAGAAGAGGAGCUGCAGGAGCUACGGCACAUCAGAGAGGGAGGACAGAAGGACGGGCACAGGGCUGAGCAGCUGGAGAAGGAAGUGGCAAAUUUGAAGGAGAAGAUCCACCAUCUGGACGACAUGUUGAAGUGUCAGCAGAGGAAAGUCAGACACAUGAUCGAGCAGCUCCAGAACUCCCGCAUGGUGAUCCAGGAGCGAGACCGCGUCAUCAAAGAGCUGGAGGAGAAGGUGGCCUUUUUGGAGGCUGAGAAUCGAGAGAUGCACGACCAGAUGGACUAUUUUCUGGGAGGUCAACGCUCAAAUUCCUAUUUGUCGACAGAGCGCAACCCACAGAUCGUCUACAGCAAACCCAUCAAACCAACCACCUCAUCCACCAAACCACUCCCGUUCAUCAAAGUCAUCGAAAUCAAAUCAUGA